AUACCAAGUCUGCACAACUUGUUGUAUUGCUGUAACUGUUUGACAAUUGGCAAUCAUGAGCGUCAGUGACUUUGUGAUUCUCCCUGGUUCAAAAACUGGAGUCUCUGUAAAACUGAAAGCAAAAAGUAUACGAGAGUUGCAGUUGGAGAAGGUUCAGCUGGAACUUGAAAAUAAAGAGAUGGAGAAGACACUUCAGCAGCUACAAUCAAACAUGAGCAGAGAAAAACAAGAGAGGGAACGAGCAAGUGCAUAUCGCUGGAAAUCAGGCCAAGCUGGCCUGGGCAUGCAGCCCCAACUGUUGUUGCAGAACAAAGAGAAUGUUGGAAAGGUUUCAUCAGGCAAGAUAAAACUAAGAAUACUCAAAGAACAAAUUCCAGCUCCAGAGCCAGCUAAGCAGCCGCUCGCAAGUAAAGUAGCAAAAGAUGCAGCCCCUGAAAAGCCCAAAGUGAAGGGAAAGGCAUGUGGGCAGUGUGAGACGAAGACUGCGCUCUUGGUGUGCUUAGAGUGCGGAGAAGAUUACUGUCCUAGCUGCUUUGCCAGAGUGCACCAGAAGGGGGCACUUAAGCUCCACAGAACUACUUCUUUGCAGGCAAAAGCACGUAUACCAAUAAGGAAACUGGAGGCUGCUCAGCAGUUCUUGAAAACAAUAAAUCCUGAGGAAUCUAAUGGCUGCAUAAAUAAUGGACUGAAGAAGGAAGUUAAUGAUAUAUUAGUGAAUACUUCAGACAUUCCUUCACCUUUACCAAAAAUGCCAGCUUACAAUAUUGAGGAAGCGUCUACAGAACCUUCUGAGGAGGAUAGGCCUGAGAGCCAGAGUGGUGGGUCUUUACUGCAUGGUGUGUUUGACGAAGAAGAAUCUGCAAAGUCUUUUCAGGAAGCUCUGAAUCAGUGGAGAAGUAGAAAUCACUCUCAGAAAUCUAAGGAAGAACGUUCCUGUCAGGUUGGACCAGAAAAUACUGGUUCCUGUCAGGUGCAGACAAGCCCUCAAGUUGCGAAGAAAGCUGUUGAAAUUGAAUUCAAUGAAGAUGGCUUGAAGUAUAUGGAAAGAUUAUUGAUUAAGAAGCACAGAAGAACUCCAGUUGAUAAGUUGCCAGAUAGUAUUAUAACAGAUGAACUGAAACUUGAAAAGCCACAGAUUAAUGAACCUGAUGACACUUGGGUUGGAGGAGAGGAUGAUGAUGAAGAAGACGACGAUAUAGCAGUUGCUCGUUUUGAAGCUAAAGAAAUGAGAAAGUACUGGGCAGAUGUUUCCAAACGAGAAGAGCCCGAGGCGCUUCUUGCGAACGUUGAGCCCUCUCUGGAAAUCAGGGUCCUUGAAGAUGCUUGCAGAGAGGAGCCAGAGGAACUUGCCAAUUUUGUGGUGUCAGAAGCUGGAUCUGAUGAUUUGAUUGAUUACAGUGGUCCCAUGUCGGAAAAUCAGAAAACCAAACCUGACGUUUUUCUGGCGCAAGCUGGCAAUAUUACCACCAGAUCAUCGCUUUCAUCUGCAGCUCAGAAAGAACAGUGUGUAAAUGUGCUUCACAAUAAACAGGAAGAAGCACCUCGAGCAAGAGCACCUUUUGCAGAGUCAGGAAGAGCAGAUGGCGCUUGGGGCUGUUCCGGCGCGGAGGAAACGGUUCCUAGCACCCCUUUUAAAGGAGCUGCAGCAAAAGAGAAGCAUUCCAAGACAAGGAAGAUCAGCACUUGCAAGAAAUCUGAGCAGGACAGAUUGGCUCCGAGGGAACCUUGCGUAGUGAUGUCCGCAAAGUCGCUCGAAGCAUCGCCGCUUGCUGUCAAGUCUUCAGUGUUGUUACAGGAAAUAGCCCAGAAGGAGAAACCUAGCUGCGCCCUAUAUCGAGGGCUUGAGGAAUUCUUUACAAUGGAUACAAGCUGUGAGCAAGUUAUGACGGAAUCGUUUCCUUCGCCACGUGCAGGCAGGCAAUCGCCAAGCAGUGGUAUUUCAUUUUCAGGGUCUCAGCCGUGGAUGAGGCAGUUCAGCUUAAGUGAAUGUGCUGAUGAGUCUGUAGUGCAAGAUGUCUUGGAAAGAGAGCUUGGCAGACCAUCAAGUAGACUGGGAAGGCAAAGCCCAGGUCCAAGAGCUUAUCGGUCGAAGUUGUCCAUCGGAAAUGCUUCUGUGAGGCCCCUUUCUGCAAAUAUUCCUUUUUGCAGAACCAUCACGCCCACACUUCGCCCUUCUUCAGUUCUUCAGACAGGAUCUGAAAGCUCAGCUACCUGGCCUUUAUCCCGAGCAGCUUCUGAAAUUUCAGAAAUUGAAGGCAUUGAUGUCACCGAACAUGAUGAUCCUUUCUUGGAAUACAGUACUGAUCAACAAGCCUUAGCAGAUUUAGAAGACGAAUGGCAAAGUAAUGCGGAUCCUUGGGAAGAAUUCAGUGACUUAAGCUCUGGAGACUUCAGUAGACAUUCAAAGGGGGCAUGUCAGAAUCAUCCCGAUUUCCGUAAUAGCCAUGAAAUAAAAGACUACAGUAAAGGUGAUGUUAUAAGAGUUUAUGAUGAAAGCCAUACAGACGAUGAGGAAGACCAGAGGGACAAGCAGCAGGUGAUAGAAUUGCACUGAAAAACACACACAGAAACACGCACACAGAGGAAUCGAACUUGAUGUACCCUUCUGCUUCAAUCCAUAUAAAAUCAUCAGGCCGAGGCGCUUAUCUCCCCAGCAUGGCAGGUUAACUGAGCUGAUGUGAAGACAAAUCUCAAAUAAAUAAAAUGCAUGUUGAUGCAGAAAAACAAACAGAAAGAAACGAGUUUGGGCUCUUGC